AUUAAUAUUAAUAAUACUAAUAAAGAAUAAAAGAUAAAUAAAAAAAAAAAAACGUGUUGUAAUAUGUUAUAAACUUUAUGAAGAAUACAAGAUGAUAAACAUAAAUCAUCCGAUGCUGAAUGGCAAACCACCGAUAAAAAAAUAUCCUCCAAUAAGGAUGACCACCAACAGCAAUCCUAAGGAAAUCAUCAAAGAUUUGUAUCAUCAUAAUCAUCAUAUUAUUAAUAAUAAUGAUACAGUACGAGAUAUUCCAAAUGAUUUGAUCGAUAACGCGGAUAACAUUGCAUCGGAAACCGACAAAUGUGUUAACGAUGUUAAAUUGAAAAUAAGAAAUCUCGAUAUUAAUAAUAGCGAUUCUAAUGACAAUUUAAUAGAACCGAUUAAUAUUAAUAAUAAUAAUAAUAAUAAUAAUAGUAAUAAUAAUAAUAAUAAUAAUAAUAAUAGUAACGGUUCGUUCGAGCAAUUGUGUAAAAUGAUUAACGACUUGGAAGGAAAUAUUAUCGAUAAAAAUAAAGGGUUGGAAGUGGUACAAGAGGAAAAUGAUGAGGAAGAGGUGGUGAAAGGGGAGGGGAAUGUUGUUCCUGAAUUAAAGGACUUCGACUUAACUUUGAUCACCGACAAUCCUGUCAAUGAAGUAUCAUCCUUAAAUAUGAUGAGAUAUAGUAAUCAAUUAGAACCAGAAAGAGAUCGUUCCAAAGAUAAAUGUGGAUCCAUCGGAGCUACCUAUGAUGAUAUUAUGUCAUUUUUAUCAACCCUAGAAGAUGGUAUUAAUAUUAGGUCAAAUUCAUUGAAAAAUUAUUUUACAAAUGUUUACAACGACGAAUUGGCUACCGCAAAAUUACAAUUGGAGGAAAAGGAUGCCACAAUUGUUUUAUUAAAAAAAGAAUUGAGAAAGGAACGAGAAAUUGCUUGUGAAAAAUUAAACGUUGAAAAUAAAAGUCACGUAACUAAAUUGGAAACGCAAGAAAAGAAAUAUCAAACUAUCAUUAAGAGGCAUCAAAAGUUUAUGGAAAAGUUGAUCAAAGAGAAAACCGAUUUAACCGACAAAUGUAAUACCUUGGCACGUAGGAUCAAGGAAAUUGAAUUAAAGUCGGAAAAGGAUUUGAAAGUUUGUACGGAAAGGCAUAUUGUCGAAUUGCAACGUGCCAAGGAACGUUUCGCAGCAUCCGAAAAGAUCAAACGUGAAAGAUGGUUGGAAUCGAGAACUUCGAAGAUUAAGGAGAUGACGGUUAAGGGAUUAGAACCCGAAUUACGAAGUAUGGUCGAACAACAUCAGCUGGAGAUUCAGGAAAUACGAAGGGCUCAUAUGAAGGAACUUCAGGAUACCGAGUUGCGAGUAAUACGUCGCUCGAACCAGCAAUUAGAACAAUUACGUUUAGAACUUACAGCUAGUAACGACAAAUUAUUAGCAAGCGAAAAGAAUAUCCUAUGGACCAGGUAUAAGGAAAAACUAGACGAAAAGGAUACGCAAUUUCGUACUGAAAGGAUUCAAUUCGUUGAGGAUUUGGAACGUGAAAGGAAAAAAUUUAACGAUGAAUUAAUCAAACGCGAUAACGAGAAAGAUACGAUUAUACGACAAACGUACACCCGGUUACAGAAAGAAUUAAAGGAUGAGAUGUUAAAACACCAAGCUGAAAAACAAACUCUUCGUGAAAGUUUGCAAAAGGAAUGGACAGAAUGGUUAGAUAAUUACAAGAAACAACAAAUAAUCAAAUUAGAAAAAUCCGAAUCUAAAAUAAGGGAUGAAUGUCUUAAAGAACGUGAUAGGCAAAUCGAAUUAGCUAUUGGUCGUAUCGAGGAGGAUGCUCGUAACAUGAAAAUGGUUGUUCAGCAAAGUUAUGAAAGUAAAUUAAGGUCUAUGAAAGAAAAAUACGAUAAGGAAUUGCAAAUAGCAACUGAUAAUGUGAGACACCAUAAAGAAGAAUUAUUGUCGUUGGAAGAUAAACUUGGAAAAACCGAGGAUAGAUUAAAAACGACGGAAAUGAAACUCGACGAAUGCGUUCAAAAUUUGAACAAUAAAAAUGUGUUGAUAGAAACGUUAACAACCGAAAGGGAUAAUGCGAGAGAAAUAGCACGAAGAGAAAUUGAACCAGAGAAAAGAAUAUUAGAGGAUAAAAUAGCAUCGUUGUAUCAAGAAUUAAUGCAAAAUAAUAACAACAAAGAUAUGUUAAUGUCACAAUUGUACAGCAGGGUUAAAUUGAUAAUAACACAAAAAGUUUUGACUAUUAAAAAUCUUUCUAAGGAACUCGAAGGAGUCAAUGCCAAAUGCGAACAUUUGGAACAAUUAUUGGAUCAACAACGAAAAGAAUACAUUUUAAAAACUUUAUAACAAACAAAAAAAACAAAAAUAUAAAUAAAAAGAUAGGAAAGGAAAGAAGGAAAAAAAGAUAGAAAUACAAAAGUGAAUGCGUCGUUACACACUCUCUGUCUCUGCGAUUUCCGAGUAUAAGCACUGAACACAACGGACAUCGUUAUAAUUCACAACUCCAUUCAAAAUUCUCAUAGGCGAUGCAUGAGAAAUAAAAAUAAAAAAAAAA